UCACCAAGUGCACUGGAAUCAGCAGCCCAUUACUCUUUAACAGAAGAAAUCUCUGUUGGGGAACAUGUUCACACAUGCCAAGGUUAAUAAUGUGUCACAAGUUACAUCUCCACCGUACUAUAUAACACUGCGAGUUGGGUACGAAAUCAGAAGACCGACAGCGGAAUCCCAGAGACUAGAUCCCCGACGGCUUCUGGGUAUGCAGCAGAAAGUAGGGAGACUUCCUCCUGAAGCCGAGAUGGCCAGAAGAUGCCUACAGCUGAGCGAGGAGCUGAGCCUACCAGAUAAAUUGUGCCAUGGCAGUAAUGACUGGAGAGCACUUCAUUUGGCAGCCUGGAAUGGUAACACUCGCCUUGUAAAACAACUCCUGCAACAAGGAGAAAAGAUUGACGACAGGGAUGAGCUGGGCUGGACCCCAUUACAUUGUGCUGCAUCAAAUGGCCACUUGGCUACAACAAAGCUAUUGAUCCAGCGAGGGGCUUCACUGAAGUCUCAGGAUUCCUCAGGCUGCACACCUCUCCACCACACAGCAUGGAGUGGGCAUACACACCUGUCUGAAGUGCUGCUAAAGCGUGGUGCCAAUACUACCACACCAACCAUAGGAGGUCUGACAGCUUUGCAUUUAGCAGCCGCAAAUGGGCAUACACUUAUCAUGCAAUUAUUACUCAAAGAAAAUAUAGACCCAUGUAUAGGUGACAACAACCAGUGGAGUCCGCUUCAUUGGGCAACGGUGAGCAAUCACGUCCAUAUCAUGGACCUUCUGAGUGAACGUGGUGUCUCUCUAGAACUGGAGGCUUCUGGGAAUCUGACCCCACUGCACAUUGCGGCAGAGACUGGAAAACUGGAAGCUUUGGACUAUCUACUGACAAAGGGGGCUGAUGUGAAUGUCCAAGACCUACUGGGCAGGACAGCUCUUGCAAUAGCAGCUAGUAAUGGUAGCUUACAGGUUGUCCGGUUGCUGUUGGAUAAGAAAGCAGAGGUGGAUACUCAGGACAAGCAUGGACGCACAGCCAUACACAGAGCUGCAGGAGCAGGGCAUCUUCACGUAACACAGUUGCUUGUACAGAAUGGCGCCUCAUUAAAUGUAAAGGACAGCCUGCACCUUACCCCAGUGCAGAGAGCGGUCAUGCUGGGACACAACAAAGUAUCUGACUAUUUACAAGAACACGGAGCAGUGACUGAGAAUGGACAUGUACUUCCAUGUUGAUAUAUAUAGUACUAGCUGAAUACCCGUGCUUUGCUAUGGAAUUUCAAGUAUAAUCACAAAGAGAUGAGAAGCGCUGGUUUUUAAGAAAAUUUAAUACUGCUUUUAACCACUUAAUUGACGAUCCCCCCCCCCCCAAAAAAAAAAAUGCUCAGAAAUUGUUGGGGUUUUUUUUAGGAGUGAAUUAGGGGAAGAACAUGAAUUUAACCUUAUAAAAAAUUAUUUUGGUUAAAAAAAAAAAUGUAAAAAUAUAUAUUUUUAGAAUUUUUUUUAUUUUAAAAAUUCUCAUAAACAUUGGAACAUCGGUCCAAAAAAUAUGCAACAUUGGAACAUUGUUAACAUCGCAACCAUCGCAACAUUACUUUUUACACCCCAGACAGCUGCCAGCUUGCCGACAGCUAUUGAAUACACCCCUAGGUCUCCUUGUUUAGCUUCUCGCUCUCCUUAGAGCUCCUCCUUUGAGGUAAAAAGGUAAAGAUUUUCGCACAACACUUAAGGGGGGUACUCACGGAGCGAUCACUGCUUAAAAUCUAAGCAAUCUGACUAGAUUGCUUAGAUUUUAAGCACGAUCGCUCCGUGUGUAGCCCCCUCAGCGAUA